AUGACAAGGCGUAUCCGAAGUUUAUCUCGCAGAAGCUACUACUGGCGUCAUAACUUCGAGGAAUACGAGCCGGAGAUUGUAGAAUAUAUGAUCAAGUUUCUUUAUGAUGGUACCUACAAGGUAUUCGCACGAAUGAACAAACUUACUGCACCUGAGAUGACGCAAAACGCAACAUCAUCGGCCGAAUCAUAUGCUUCAUCAUUCGGCGAGCCGUCAAACAAAUCUCCUCCACCACGCUUGCAUGCCCAAUCAAGUGCGAAUACUAUGGCGGGUGGUCCGGGGGGACUUUUCGGACAGGGUGCUGACAUGUCUUCAAGCUCCAAUGGCGCUUCCAUAUUCGCACCUACGGAUGCCCCCGGAGAUACAAGGGGCAACGUAUUCGACUUGACACCAGCAAUUUUUGAUCCACAUCGCGAAUUUUAUCCUACUAACACUUUUGCAGCCGCAGCUGGAUCUGUAGCAUCAAUAUCAAACAGCUACAGUUAUGUGUGGGGUGGAAAUAUAGACACGGGAAACUUUCCAGUUCAAGGCUCAGAAAGCAGGUAUGGUUGGUUAGGUACUGGUUUGAGUUCCAUCAAGUUUUCUGCGGUGGAUUUGAUCAAGUAUGCAAAGGUAUACAUACUGGCCGAGAAAUAUGACAUCCAACCAUUAAAGACACUUGCUCGUGAGACAUACUUCACUAUCUUGAAGACUUGCUGGUACUCUUCUUAUUUUGUGGAAAGUAUCGAAAUUAUCUUUGAUGGUACACCGGAGAUUUCUGGAGGAGAUUGUCUUCGGAACUCCAUCGUGGAGACUGCUAGUAGGCAUGUGAAACAACUUCUGGCGAGAAAGGACUUCACCCAAUUGUGCCAGGAGAGGGGGGAUAUUGCCACUUCCAUUCUUCAAUCGGUUGUGAUGUGA